GCCGCCCAAGAAGAACCCUAGGAGGCUCUUCUUAAACCUCUCCUCGAUUAUAUAAUGUCCGCAAAACCUCUUCUUCUUCUCUGCCUCUUUCACUCGCAAUUCUCUCUUUUUCUUCGCUUCCUCGAAAAAAACCCUAAAAGCUCAUUUUUUCUCUUCCUCGUUCAACAACAAUGGAGUUCUGGGGAGCUGAAGUGAAGCCAGGGGCAUCUCUCACUGUGAGGCCUGAAGAAGACCACCUCAUCCACAUCUCUCAGGCGUCGAUUGACGGUAAGGUGAAAACGGGAGAACCUAUUGUCUUGACUGUGACUGUUGACAGGAAGAAGCUUGUUAUUGGAACCCUUUCUCAAGACAAGUUCCCUCAGAUUAGCUUUGAUCUUGUCUUUGAGAAAGAUUUUGAGCUUUCCCACAACUGUACCAAAGGAAGCAUCCACUUCGUUGGUUACAAAUCUCCCAACAUCGACCAGGACGAUGGUGACUACUACUCCUCCUCAGAAGAGGAUGAAGAUGUUCCUGCUGCUGUUCCUGCCAUUGCUCCUGCUCCUGCCAAUGGAAAUGCUGGAGCUGCUGCUUCGAAUGUUGUCAAGGCUGACUCUAAGCCAAAGGCCAAGCCUGAAGAAGUGAAGCUUGAAGAAGUGAAGCCUGAAUCUGAAGAUGAUGAGGAUUCCUCUGGCGACGGGGAAGACGAGUCUGAUGACGAUGAUGACUCUGAGAAAGGAAUGGAUGUUGAUGAAGAUAACUCGGAUGAUGAUGAAGAGGAGGAGGAUUCUGAGGAUGAAGAGGAGGAGGAGACUCCCAAGAAGCCUGAGCCAAUCAACAAGAAGAGGCCAAAUGAAUCUGCUUCCAAAGCACCUGUCUCGGGAAAGAAGGCAAAACAAGCAGCAGCACCAGCAGCUACUCCUCAGAAGACAGAAGAGAAGAAGAAGGGAGGACACACAGCCACACCACACCCAGCUAAAAAGGGUGGAAAGUCUCCUGUGAACCAGAGCCCCAAGUCUGGAGGUCAAUCAUCCGGUGGUAACAACAAGAAGCCAUUCAACUCGGGCAAACAGUUCGGUGGUUCUAACAACAAGGGGUCUAACAAGGGCAAGGGAAAGGGUAGAGCCUAAGGAGAUGGAUCAAGGAGAGAUAUUUUGGUUUUAAGUAGAUGAUGAACUAUUAAGGGUGCUUUUGGGAUUUUAUCCUUUUUAUUUUAUAUUUUGAGAAUUUAUCUCUUUCUAUUGGAAGAGCUAUUUUGAGUAUUGCAGUUUCUACUUUCCUAUGUAGUUCAGUAUGAAUAUUGCUGGAAUGUGAAAGAUGACUAAAAAAAAUCGCAUGCAUUACUUGAUU